AUGGCCAGCGUGGAUGGGGGAGAGCAAAGAGAGCCCCAAGGGGAGCCACAACGCCUGGUCUCCUCUCAAGUCCUGAAGUAGGACUGGCACCAGCGGAUUUUUGUCAAUUGCAGGUUGGUGCUGGGGAAGAUUCGCUGCUUUGGCUUUGACAUGGACUACACCCUGGCUGCCUACAAGUCCCCAGCCUAUGAGGCACUGGUCUUUGAGUUACUACUGGAGUGUCUGGUGUGCAUUGGGUACCCGCGAGAUAUCCUGCGCUACACCUAUGACCCCGCCUUCCCCACCAGGUGCGGGAGCUUGCUGGGGUGGGAGGCUGGGCUGGUGUUUGAUGUGCUCUAUGGGAACCUGCUGAAGGUGGACACCCAUGGGAACGUGCGGCUGGGCACCCAUGGCUUCACCUUCCUCUCGGACUGCUCCCUCCCCAGGGCAGAGAUCUGGAGCUUCUACCCCAGCAAGUUUGUUCAGAGGGACAACCUGCAGAGGUUCCACAUCCUCAACACGCUCUUCAACCUGCCUGAAAUCUACCUGUGUGCCUGCCUAGUGGACUUCUUCUCUGGCUGCUCCCGCUACACCAACUGUGACACUGGCUAUCAGCAUGGGAACCUCUUCAUGUCCUUCCGAAGCCUCUUCCAGGAUGUGAGUGAUGCCAUGGAUAAUGUCCACCAGUCGGGCUGUCUGAAGGAGAAGACCCUGGAAGACUUGGACAAAUACAUGGAGAAGGAUGUGCGAAUCCCCAUCCUGCUGGGUAAGAUGAAGGAAGUUGGGAAAGUAUUUCUGGCUACAAACAGCAGCUACAACUACACGGAUGCCAUCAUGACCUACCUGUUUGGCAUUAGUGAGGCUGAAGGCUCAGCCAGGCCCUGGAGGUCCUACUUCAACCUGAUUGUGGUGGACACACAGAAGCCCUGCUUCUUUGCUGAGGGGACGGUGCUGAGACAGGUCAACAGGGUAAUGGCAGGGGCUGAGGAUUCAGGCAAGCUCUGCGUGGGCACCUACAUGGGGCCCCACCAGCACUGUGUAGUUUACUCUGGAGGCUCUUCGGACACGGUGUGUGAGCUGCUCGGGGUACGGGGGAAGGAUAUCCUGUACAUUGGGGGUCACAUCUUUGGAGACAUCCUCAAGUCCAAGAAGUGGCAGGACUGGCGAACUUGCCUGGUGGUUCCUGAGCUGUUCCGGGAGCUUGGGAUCUGGGACCAAGAGAAGGAGUGGAUGGAGGAGCUGAAGAGGCUGAACAUGCACUUGGCAGACCUGUACCAGCACAUGGAUGGGAGCAGUUAUGGGCUGCAAGUUAUCAACUCCACCAAGAGGGAGAUUCAGAUACUGCAUGAGUCUGCUGUGGAGCAGGAACGGGUUAACCAGCAUCCCCUCUCCUGCCCUGUCUUCUACAGCCUGAGGAUCACUAUGAAAGAUUGAUGAGUAAAUGUGAUAGCACCAACAUCUUUGAGCUUGAUGUGUACAUGUAUUGAAACAUCUCGUUAAGAGAAGCCACCACCAAAUCGUGUUCCUGCAGCAUUUCCGGGUAGCGGGACACCGCUCGCUCAAUCCUCGCCGAC